GCUAGCUCUCUGCGCAGGGGGGGGAACCGCCGCUGCUCCGACCGGGACCGAACGAAUUAUCCGCUUUUACCGAGCGACAGAAACAUUUUACUCGUUCAGGUCGUGUAUAAACCGUGAGGGGCGAAGGUCGAGACACCGGCCGAACUGAAGCCAGGCCACAGCGUCACACAUCCGACAGACAGAGGACCGCCCUGCACACAGACGCUAUGGAUCGUUCACCCACCACUUCCAGCCUGAUGGCCAGCAGCAACGUCACCAACAAGACCGACCAACGCUCCCUCAACUCCAGGGUGUUCAUCGGCAACCUCAACACCCUGCUGGUCACCAAGGGCGACGUGGAGGCCCUCUUCACCAAGUACGGCAAGAUCGUGGGCUGCUCCGUCCACAAGGGCUACGCCUUCGUCCAGUUCUCCAACGAGAGGAACGCCCGGGCUGCGGUCACUGGAGAGGAUGGAAGGAUGAUAGUGGGACAAGUGCUUGACAUCAACCUGGCUGGAGAACCCAAACCACAAAGGUCAAAAACCACUAAACGCUCCGCUGGAGACAUGUACAGCAGUUCCACGUUUGACCUCGACUACGACUUUCAGAGAGAUUAUUACGACAGAAUGUAUUCGUACCCGUCCCGUGUCCCCGCUCCUCCUCCCCCUCUGUCCCGGGCCGUGAUCCCGUCCAAGCGCCCGCGGGUCAGCCUCAGCGGAGGAAGCAGCAGCCGGCGAACCAAGAGCAGCUUCUCCUCCUCCUCCAAGAGCAGCCAGAGGAUCUCUUCAUCCAGAGCAAAAGUGAAAGUGGAUGAGCUGCAGACCAUCAAGCGGGAGCUGACCCAAAUCAAAAGCAAAGUGGACGACCUGCUGGAGAGCCUGGAGCGCAUGGAGAAGGACCACAGCAAGAAGUCAAAAGCUAAGAGCAUCAAACCUGAGCCGGGAGAAGUGACCUCACCACCUCACUCCAGCAGCAAGAAGGAGGACGGGCUGAAGAGGGUGAGAGAGUGCCAGGACAUGAACGACUCGGACGAGGAGGAAGAUGAUGAGGACGAGGAUGCCGACAUGCUGGAGGAGGAAGAGGCGAAGAGGGACGAUGAUGAUGACGACGAGGAAGAGGAGGGCGAGCAUGUGGAAGGCGACGAUGACAGUAUCAACGGUGAAGACGACUCGUAGGCGACGAGUUGCAACGACACCUGGAGCGCUACACGACUUCCAAUAGGAACUCGGACUCUGUUUUAACACUCAUUGUAGAUACAAAAGGCAAAUGUGUACUUACACAAACACACACACACACACACACAAGCAUGGUGCACACGCGAUGUUGUUCCAUUGUCCCUGAAACUGACUUCUUCUUCUUUUCUUUGUUACUUUCACCAGUUUGUCCACGUUCACCGUCACAGGAAUAGCUAGCUGUAGUUUUUGGUUUGUGUGUUUUUACUGAGUCGUUACUUGUCUCCAGGCGAAGGCAGACACAUGGACACGUAAUGUUCUCAGAGACGACAGCUCGACGGACAUGUCUUAAUGCAAGGCCCCAACUUCAGCUGCGAAUCACGAUUUUUAGGUUCAAUGUGUUUGUCCUCAUCGGUGAGUUUGUUUGCCCUCGUGUGUCUGUAUGUUAAUGUCAGUUUUUUAUACUAUUCCGUUUAUGUUUAACUGUAAAGAAAUAAAUUGCAAUAAAAUAUUAAAAGUG